AUGGCAGCUCCCGCCGCGGCCCGAACUCCUGCUGCAACGCCAGUGCCCACGACCGGUGUUCCGCAAACUCUCGAAGAGUGCAUUAGUAUUCUUGAGGGUGUCUUUCCUGAUAUAUGUCAUGAUUAUGUGUCUGAUCUCUUCAAGACCACUUUGGAGACUGCAGAUCAAUUGAUCGACCACAUCUUGACUAAAUCGACUUACCCAAGAACGAAAGACAAGCAAUUGGCGCUUAAGAGGAAGAGAGCAGAAGAUCCCGACGAAGAAGCAGCCCGCAAGUAUGGUUCUACUGAUCGGAAUAUCCCAGCAACUCCUGGCGGGGUUCGCCCAUACAUUCGCACCAUCUUGAUCGCCGAAUUCCCUCUUGUGCCAGUAACUUUCAUUGACUCGAGACUACAAGCAUGCGGAUUCAGACUAUUCUCAGCAUAUCAAGAGAUUUUUGAAGCAGUCAGGACUUACAGCUCGGAAACCCCAGUGUAUCAGCGAUUACAAAAAGCUCGGAAGGUCGAUGCAUUAUUUACGGAAGAGACAAUCGGAGGUUUUCUUACCAACCCCAACGGAGAUACCGAAAGAGUGGAAGUCUUAACCGAGCUCCAGACUGCGAGAAGAGUCAGAAAAAAGGAAGAAGACCGCCACGAGGGCCUCCUUCGUUUGCAGCAGUUAGAGGACCAGAAUACACGACAGGCUAUUGCUGAGGGCGCAAUGGGAGAGUGCGGAUGUUGUUAUGGUGAUUUCCCGCUCAACAGACUUGUUCAUUGCAAUGGCGAAACGUCGCACGAGUUCUGUAAAGAUUGUGCUCGUCGCAAUGCUGAGACUGAGGUGGGGAAGUCAAAAUAUGAGUUGCAUUGCAUGUCCAUGGACUCGUGUACAGGAGGAUUUGAUCUCGACCAACGUGCACAUUUCCUCGACGAAAACACUCGAAUUGCUCUCGAUCGCAAUGAACAAGAAUCUGUCCUACGUCUGGCCGGGAUCGAAAAUCUUGCGAGCUGUCCGUUCUGUCCCUUCGCAGCAGAGUACCCGCCAGUGGAAAUUGACCGCGAAUUUCGAUGCCAAGCUCCUGAUUGCGAGAGGAUAUCUUGCCGCCUCUGUAGUGAAGAAUCUCAUAUUCCUCAGAGCUGCGAGGAAUACAAGAAGGAUAAAGGCUUGUGUGUCCGACGAGAGCUCGAAGAAGCCAUGUCUGCAGCACUUAUCAGAAAGUGCAACAAAUGUGGAACACCGUUCGUCAAGCUGGAAGGUUGCAACAAGAUGACAUGUACCCGGAACGGAUGUAACAAUAUCCAGUGCUACGUCUGCUCAAAAUCUUGUGGAUAUGGCCAUUUCAACGACCGUUCCAGGGGUGGCAAGCCUGGAAAUUGUCCACUCUUUGAUAACGUCGAGGAAAGACAUAAAGGUGAAGUCAGCAAAGCUGAAAAGGAGGCAUUGCAAAGGAUUCUCGCUGAGCAUCCAGAAUAUACUGAAGACGAUCUCAAGGUUAAGAUAUCUGAAAACGUUAAGGACGACGACCGUAGAAAAGAUCCUCGGGCAGCAUUGGAUGAGCUUAUCAGAGCGGGAGCACUUCGAGGAGUCCCUCAUUUCAAUGUUCCUGGACAGGAUGCUUUACAGGGUUAG